AUGAAUCCCAAAACCCUAUUUACGAAUUUUCUCAUCUUUUUCCUUGUACAAAUAUCAUCAUUAUUAGUCGUAAACUCUUUACAAGCGUACCAUAAGAAAGACUACAAAUCGGAGUUUAAAACACGGCCAGACACAAUUGUGCGAAUCGUCAUCUCAAAUGAUCUAUUUGGUCUGAAGAACAAUGAAAACGCAGGUUUUGUAUGCACAAACGGUGAUAAGAUAUGGAGGAAAAGCAAACCAGGAGACCGGUACGUGGUGGUUCAGUUCAAAUACGAUGGCUUGAGAAGGCACACUUUCGUGCAUUGCCAUCUCCGGUCUAAUUUUGGGUUUGUGAAUUUUCCGGUUGGUAUUCAUCCGGACACAUCUGCUUAUUGUCAACCUAACAACGUAUGUGGUUACUCGAUUCGAAAAGAUGGUGUUUUUUACAUGCCUGAGAAGAAGCUUUAUCCAUGGAAUCGUGGAGGAAAGUGA